GGCGACUAGUUGACUUGGCGACUGCUUGGUGUGAAGUCUACCUGUUGAUAAUAGAAAUUCGCUUAAACGAAAUUGCUGAAUUAUCAGAGUUACAACGGUGCGGACUGUUUCCAGAAAAUUUCUCGUUCAAUUCAAUAUUCUAUUCUAAUGAGGUGACGAACAUUUUCAUACAAAACAAAUGUAACCAAACAAUGUGCCAGAACCUCAAGAGAAUAAAGAUUAGGAAAUAACUAUUGUCAUUAUUUGUGCAUCUGACAUAAAUUCCUGGAUAAUGGUUUAUUUCGUCGCAAGUAGUUUAUAAACUAUCUGAUAGUUAUAGAUUUGUCAGAGUUUUCAUUCACGUGUAGCAAAAUAAAUAAAAGUGUAAUGUAAUUGCUGCAUAAUUAGCUCUCUCCAUUUUUCUUUGUUAAAGUGGGUAUUAAAAAUUUCAUGUGAGAGAAUGGCAAUUCGCAUUACAUUAGAAUGUGGGCACUCGUCAGUUGUACGUAUGCGUACUACUCCUCAGGGUUAUACUCAUGAUUGGGAAGUAUUUGUACGAGGUAUUGACAAUGCUGAAAUCCACCACUAUGUUGAGAAAGUGGUUUUUCAAUUGCAUCAAACAUUCUCUAGACCAAGGAGGAUCUUGAAAGAUCCACCAUUUGUGAUAAAAGAAUCAGGUUAUGCUGGUUUUGAGAUUCCAAUUCACAUUUAUUUAAAAAAUAAGGAUGAAGGUAGCAAAAAGAUAGAAAUUUUAUAUGAUCUUAACUUACAAUCUAGUGGUCCAGCAAUUACAAAUGUAAUAAGGCAUACUGAAAUAAUUAACAACCCUUCAGAUGAAUUUAGGAGGAAAUUAUUGAAGGGUGGUGGUGUUCUCGUGUCCAGUUCAGAAAAUUUGAUUGAAAAGAGUGAGCCCAAGGCCUUAACGAUGGUUGGUAAACCAAAGAUGAGUGGUAAUGAAUCAAGAAAGCACAAAAAUAUAGAGUUGAAAACGUCGAAUUCCUUUGCUGAGUUAUUUGGAACACCGCUAAAACCUACGAAAGUUUCUCAAGACACUAGAAAGAGUACAGUUCAGGAAAAAUCGUCUGUUUCUAAAUCGUUAUUUACCUCAGAGAAGUCCGAUAAAGGGGACAAAACAAAACUUAAGGAUAAUCCCCAUAAGGAUAUUAAAAAGGAGAAAAUAGAUGACAAAAAGGAUAAAAAAAUCAAAGAUCAGCCUCAGGAUAAAAAUCGAAUUAAAGAGAAACCGAAGAGGCCUUCUAGUCCUGCAAACAGGAGUCAUUCCACUCCCUCUAAUAAAAAGCCCUCAUCUCCAACUGUUCUAAUAAAAAGACGUAGUCCUUUGCUUCCUCCUGUAAAGAGACCUGCUUCUCCAAAAUCAAAAGAAAAGGAAUCGAAGAAGAUAGUCGUCGAAAAGGAAAAGGAUAAGAAUAAAGAAAAAGACAAAGAAAAAGUAAAAGAUAACUCUAAAAUCAUCGAUUCUAAGAACGACAAGAGAAAGGAUAAGAAAGGAUAUAAAGAUGAUCGGGAUAAAGAUCGAAAAGAAAAAUAUAAAGAGGGAGAACGAUCUGGUUCGAAGGAAGCUGUAAAACUACCCGAAAAGAAAAAUAAUAAAUCAGAAAAGUCGGAGAAAUCAGAGAAAGAGAAAAGUCAGGAAUACAAAUCGGCGAAAGACGGACGUAAGUCGCCGAAACUUUCGAAAGAGAGUGAGAAAUCAAAGGAUGACAAACUGGGUAAGAUGGAAAAGUCGGAAAAGACUGACAAGUCUGAGAAAACGAAGGACAGUAAAAGCGAGAAAGACAGACAAAAACACAAGCAUAAAAAAAAGGAUAGGAAGGAUAAGCGGGAUUCCAGCAAAGAUAGAGACAAGAAAGAGAGACGCGACAGAGUCAAAUCUUCAACAGAGAAGCAAAAUAAUGUGCCUAAUGUUUCAGUAGCUAAUCCUCUUUCGACACUGUUGGCGGAAAUGCCGGAAAGGGAUAGUAGUGAUUCAGCGCCAUCCAUAGAUGACGAUUCCUUCUCUGAUACAAAAUUAGUGCCUAUCGUUAAGAAAGAUGUAGAGAAUUUAACGGCAUCCACAUCGCCGAGAGAAAUGGCGAAGCCAGUUUCACCCGCGACAUCUAUGGAUAUUAAGAAGGAAAAGAUAGACCGGAACAAAAGAGAGAAACCAAAAGGAAAGGGGGACGAGAAAGAAAUCCGAAAGAGAAAACGACGAAGUGAUAGCAAAGGCGAUGAUGAGCCUGUGGCUAAAAAGGACAGAGGUCAUUCGUCGUCAUCUCCCUUAGAACCAGUUUCUUCGAGUCAGUCACCGGUGGUGGUGGACCAAGAAACAGUUCAUAAGGACAAAGAAGAUCGUGCUGAACAAGCCGUCGUAAAACGUAACGAGUCAGAAGCAGAACAAGUGGCACCUGAUUCGACGAAUAGUACUUUGGCUGAGUCAGAUAUGGUAGAACCCCCAGUGUUUUCAGAAGAUUACGUUUCACAAUUGAAAGAUCUACAACAGAAGAUAAUGACUUUACAAGAUAAUCAGGAAUUGCAGAGAGUUGUUCAGGUAAUCGCAGAAACCGGUCAAUACGAGAUCACAAAAAAGACAUUUGACUUCGAUUUGUGUGCUCUAGAUCGUAGAACGGUACAGCGACUCCAACAGUUCUUUGCAUCGUGACCGUCUGUAGCUUAAAUCAUGACAUUCUUUCUUUAUUAUGUGUUAUUACAUAUGUAUUAGGUCAUUAUUUUACCUUCUAAGAAAGAUUUUUUCAUAUUAAUAUAUACAAAUGUAAAAGCAACAUAAUAUAGAAGACCCCCGGAGAAUUUUAUAGAUAUAUUAAUCUUUUCCAUAAAAAGGAGAGGGGCCAGCUUUUAUCAGAAUGGUAGAACUCAAAUUUUAUAUAUUUUCAUCUUCAGUUACCGAGUGUAUAUUUUCGAUUGCAUUAUACACAAAGACGUGCAUAAAUUACAUAUGGAAAAUACAAAAAUUCUCUAACGAAUUCGAAUCAUGAUAUAUGAUAUGGCUUGCAACUUGAUUCUUUGUCAUUAUCAUUCACGAGAUCAGCUUAUUUUCUUACACUUUUACAUAUUUCCAACACUUGUUAUUUUUACAUUGUUUUAUAUGUAGGUAAUGUAUGAUAUGUAUAGCACAGUUUGGCAAUUGUAUAUUGUAUUGUCGUGUCGUAUUGUGACAUUUACUAUUUCUGUGGGGAAUUCUGAAAUAUGGUAUCGUCUACAGUGCAUUUAUUCGCGUUAUGUAGACACGAUAUAUACUCAUAUAUGUAUAUAUGUUACAUAAAUUCAUUAAAAAUAUAUACUUAAUUUCUAUGGAAAAUUAAAAAAAAUUAUGUUCAUGGUUUAUUGGGAUCGUUUGAAGAUUUUGUGCAUCACAUUGUAAUAUAGAUAUAUUCUUGAUAUUUCGCAUGGCAUAGUUCAUCUGUUUGAAUCGGAAACUAUCUAUUGUAUUUUGUUAAUAUUUUCAUACGCGAUAAUCUAAGAACUAUAGAAAGGAAUGAUUUGAUAAUUUAUAUUUUACAUUAAUGAUUGUUGACCUAUUUCUUUAUUAUUAUCAUGAGCAUUAUUAUUAUUUUUUAAUGUAUAAUUAUCAUUAUUGAUAUUAUUAUUGUGUGAAAUAUACAGAUUUGUUUCGACAAGUCUUCAUAGUCUCGGAAAUAUUUGGCACGCAGUGAUAGUGCAUUCGAUGCAAUCUUUUUCUUUUUUAUUCGCUCGUUCGAAGUAUUUUGUAGAGUAUUAUUAAAUUGGGCUAGAUAUACAUAAAAAUAACAUCGAAAUGAAUCACGUUGAAAGGAAACGAAUUCAUAUUGAUUGUUAACUUAGCUACCAGACCUUUUUUUUCACAGGGCGUCAAUGUUUUAUCCAUGUGUUUGUCUCACGAUGCAUUGCAGUUGUAUUUAAUUCGAAUGGAAAUCGAUAUUUCGUUUCACGAAGAGAGUAUGUAUGUACCUGUCUCACAUCUUUUCAUAUUACUUAAGACUUCUACCGUGCAAAUUAUAUAAAUACGUAUAUGUAUAUCUGGUUCGUAUUGUGUGAAUGUGUCAUCAAGGCAUCAAGGGAACUUUCUUUAUUAUACUCUUGUUCGUUUCGCCAUUGUAAAAUGUCAUCCCACACACACACACGCGCGCGCGCGCGCUCGCUCGCUCGCUCGCUCGCUCGCGCGCACACACACACACACACACAGAGCCGUCAUGAUAUUGCGUGCAAUCGAUACACCAAAUAGUCUAAUGUUUUUUGAUAACGUUAAUUAUAGAUGAUCAAAAUUGUAUAUUAGAUAUAAAUACCAUGGUAGGUUUUAUAGUUUUUGCAGUACAUUAUUUAUUGUAUCAGAGGAAGAAAUGUCUUGAAUGUCGAUUAAACGAGAAACUAGGAAUCUCAAUGCAUGAUAAUUUGACAUACGCCAUACGCAUGCAUAUUUGAAACAUGAAUUUCCGUGCUCGUUUUUCCGACAUUCGGGCGAAUUGCGUUGCCAAAACUUCAGUAACAUUAAGUUUUUAAUGCUACAAAAGAGAGAAUCGCGACGAAUAAGACUCAAGAUCAAUUUUUUCCCCCUAUUGGUUUUAACUUGUAAUUUUUAAAUACGCUUUUUAUACUUCUGAAAGUAUACCAUUAUUUGUUCGAAUUGUACUCGCCGAAUGGUAUGCUACGAAUGAAAGAAAUUCUUUUUGCAGCAAGGACGUCUUUUAGAAAUUGCAAGAUAGUACCCUGUUAAAUUAGCUUACAUGGUUGUUAUAUUGCAUAAUUUUAAUCGAUUAUUUCCAUAAAUUUUUAUAAAAGCAUUCUGUUGAUCGAAUUUUACGAGUUUAAACAUCAUUUUUCGUGGAAGAUAUAUUAUUUUAAUCCGGUGAUAUUUUUCAAAAAGAACAUUCGAGUGGCCUACUCUAAAAGUGAACAUCUCAUGAUACUUUAUAUUUUAUACAACUUUUCUGCGCCUUGUGCUCCCAUAUUUUUUGGUUUUUGUUAUUCAUGUUAUACACAGGCGAGAUUAUAUAUCUUUGUUGCAUGCUUGAGUUUUAUCUGAAGUGUUACGAUUUUCGUCACUGAUAUUGUACGUGUCUAAUAAGACGCCGCGUAUAUUUAAAAUGAAGUGGCCCCGAUAUAUUCGCGGGCUAUUGAGAUAGACUAAUGUUGUAUAUAAAGAUUAUGCACAAAUACACAAAAUGGCAUCUCUCUAAGUACGUAAUUGUUAGACGGCGGAUUUUCAUGCAAAUACACAUUUCUGUGAAAAUAGCCUCAGAAAUAUACAUAAUAUAGAAAGAGAUCCGUUUUAUAUAUGAAAUAUUUUAUCAAGAAUUGUAUUUUGAACAUUUCGUAUAUAUUUUCGUGUAACACGUGCAUUCUGUGCAUUUUCGUGUAUCUAAAUUUUCCACAAAUGCGUAAAAAUCCGUAAUCUACUAAUUACGAAUUAUCAAUUGUAAAUACUAGAUAAGCGAACUCGUACAUAAUUAAUCGUGACUUUCGAGAAUAUAGUACAAGACAGCACUUCUGAAUUGAUAUGCCAUUCGGUGUACAUUUAUACAUUCAAUGUACAUUUAAUAAGUACCUUGAUGACUAAUAAACAUCUCAUGUAACUGUGCCUCUAUCAAAAGACUAGUUACUAUACUUUCCAAAAGUAACACCGAAAAAUGACGCUCAUCCAUUUCCACUUCCUUUCUCCAUUUCGACGUACGUGUCUGAUACGAUGUACGUUGAAUCCGUUUAUACUCACCUUUUCUUUUAUACUCCACUAGAAAAUGGCGAUGAUGAUUACCUUUAACAGAACUUUCCACAUGGAAAUGCAGUGGAGAAAUAGAGAAAUACUGCUAAAGGGUUUUCCAGGUGGAAAUCUAUCAAAAGUCCUUGUAAUUAGUAACGAGAUACCACAUUACAGCAGUUUAUUGGGUCUUGUGUAAUAUUUCGUACAACAGUGUAACAGAGUGAAAUUCCUUACGGAUCUCCAUACAUUGACCAUCUUCGCCGCAGUGAUCGUCGUACGACUAGACAAACGAUAUCAUCCGAUUCCCAACGAUCGUUUCUUCAGCUCGUGCGUUUUUGUAUUUUUUUUUUUGUAUUCUUUUUUUUAUUUUAUUUUUUUUUUUGCGCUGAUCGUGCAACGGUUGGUCGUGUCCUGGAGUCCCUUUUACGCGUAACAUUGCAACUCCAUCCCCACGCAUGACAUCGCAAUUAUAAUAGGAAGCACAAGA